AACUUGUGAAUCCAAAUGGAGCUGAUUGGACUCCUUGACACUGUCAGCGAGCUUGAGCACACUGUCAGAGAGCUUGAGGACGACCAGGGAGUCUGUUAUGACCAUGACGAGCCCAGUGAUGACGAUUUUGAGACAGAUCUGGAGAGUGAUUCAGCUGCUGCAGUGGAGGAUGAUGACAAAAUGGUCGAUGGCAUGGCUCCGACUCCCAAACGGAGGAAGCUGGCGAGGGACAAUGGACUCCAAAAAGCUAAAUCCACAGGAAGAUACCCCGUCUUUAGCGGUGUGGUCGGUCCUGUCGAUCAACUUGAUCCGUCUGUAACUCCAUGCCUAGAUUUUGUUAAGUUACUUUGGCCCGAUAGUUUGUGUGAGUACAUAGCCGAACAGACCAACCUGUACGCUAGGCAGUGUGGUGCUAAGGGUUGGUCAGCUACAAACAGUGCCGAAUUGUGGGUGUUUUUGGGGAUUGUACUAGAGAUGGGCAUUCAUAGGCUCCCUGAAAUUACGGACUACUGGUCCAAGGAUCCCCUUUUAGGUGUACAAUCUGUGAGCAAUGUAAUGUCUCUCAAAAGGUUCCAAAGUUUAUGGCGGUAUCUGCACUGUGAGGACAAUACGUCCAUCACUGAUGCACGUAAGGUAACUAGCAAGCUAAAAACUGUUUUAGAGACUCUUAAAGCCAACUACUUCAUGAGGUAUAAUCCCAGUCAGGAGCUUUCCGUUGAUGAGAUGAUGAUAAAGUACAAGGGUCGUAAAAGCGGGAAAAUUCAUAUGCCCAAGAAGCCUGUUAAACUGGGGUUCAAGGUAUGGUGCUGCUCAUGUUCAUGCUGUGGGUAUCUCUGUGUGUUUGAUGUAUACAGUGGUAAGUAAGCUCACCGAUUCCUC